AUGAUUGGCUGGCUCGUCUCUCUGAUGAGUAUUGAAAUACUACUUCUGGCAGUGGCUUCCCUGAGUUUCCACAUUGAGCCUGAAGAAGGUAGUCUUGCAGGGGGAACGUGGAUCACAGUCAUUUUUGAUGGUUUGCACUUGGAGCUCCUUUAUCCCAGCAAUGGUUCUCAGCUGGAGAUCGACCUGGUGAACAUGGCUAUGCCUGCCUUACCGAGCAUCCCUUGUGACGUCUCUCCUGUCUUCUUGGAUUUGCCAGUGGUGAUGUGUAGGACCAGGUCUCUGCUGUCCGAAGCACAGGAGGGGCUGUACUACAUGGAAGUGCACUCUGGGGGACAGGUGGUAGGCAGUCCAAAUCCAGGACCGCGGGACGGCCAUACUUUCCAGUUUUCCAGGGCUCACACACCCAUUGUUUACCAAGUUACACCACCGAGUGGAGUGCCAGGAAAACUAAUACAUGUGUAUGGCUGGCUUAUCACUGGAACAUCAGAAACCUUUGAUUUUGAUGCCGAGUACAUUGAUAGCCCAUUGAUCUUGGAAGCUCAAGGAGACAAGUGGGUCACAGCCUGUUCUCUUGUAAACAGGCAGACAGGAAGCCGCUAUCCUCUUCAGGAAGACCAUGGUUUUGGGACCCUGCAGUGCCGUGUGGAAGGCGACUACAUUGGCUCCCAGAAUGUUAGUUUCUCAGUAUUUAACAAAGGAAAGUCCAUGGUUCACAAGAAUGCAUGGCUGGUCAGCGCUAAACAGGAGCUUUUCCUGUACCAGACGUAUUCAGAAAUACUCUCUGUGUUUCCAGAAUCCGGGAGCCUGGGGGGAGGAACAGACAUUAUAAUUACAGGAGACUUCUUUGGCAAUCCUGCCCAGGUUACCAUUGCAGGCAUUCCGUGUGAUAUUAGACACGUGUCUCCCAGGAAGAUUGAGUGCACCACUCGGGCUCCAGGAAAAGGUGCGAGACUCACUGCUCCUCAGGCGGGCAAUCGAGGGCUGCUUUUUGAAGUUGGAGAUGCAGCUGAGGGCUUGGAUCUGACUGCAGCCACUUCUGGGUACUGGUGGCAGAUCGUCCCUAAUGCCAGUUCUCCAUUUGGAUUUUGGUCAAAAGAAGGGCAACCCUUCAGAGCACGGCUCAGUGGGUUCUUUGUGGCUCCAGAGACAAAUAAUUACACUUUCUGGAUCCAGGCUGAUGACCAAGCUUCCCUGUACAUCAGUCAGUCAGAGGACCCCAGGACCAAGGUGAAAGUGGCCUCCAUCAGGGCGGGCACUGCUAACUGGUUCGAUGCCUGGGAGCAGAAUGGAAAUGACGGGACCUGGCAACAGAAGACUCGCAAGUUGGAGCUGGUUGGUGGUUCCAGGUACUAUCUGGAAGCAGAGCAUUGUGGAAGAAUCCCCAGCAGGGGGAUGAGAAUUGGUGUCCAGAUCCACAACACCUGGCUGAACCCUGAAGUGGUCAACACUUACCUCCGGGAGAAGCAUCAGAUCCGAAUUCGUGCCCAGAGACUUCCAGAAAUCCAGAUGCUGACUGUGUCUGGCAGAGGGAACUUCUUUCUUACUUGGGACAAUGUCUCCAGCCAGCCAAUCCCUGCAAAUGCCACAGCCAAUCAGAUUCAAGCAGCCAUUCAGGAGUUACUUGCAGUCAAAUGCAAACUGGAACCCCUUUCGGCUAACAUCCUACUCUGGCUUGGAUUUGAACAAGGCCCAGAAGAUUCCAGCUUUGAGGGGAACCUCACCAGUGGAACAGAGCCCUUCUGUGGGAGAUUCAGCCUCCACCAGCCUGGACACCUUGUCCUAACACCCCCAGCUGGCCAGAAGGCCUACUGGCUAGAUCAGUACCCACAUUUAUGCAUUGCAUACAGAGGCCACACGAGUAACAUCCUGAAGGUGACUGUGGUUUUCACAACUGACUUCCAAAACUUUAAGAAGAACACCACCUGUGAGUGGAGUCUUGCGAGGACCAGUCCCAACAGCUGGCAGUUCACUUGUACCGAUCUCUGGAAGUCUUGUGUGCAUCACCCUGAGUAUCCCCAGCUGCCUCUGGCAAACGCCUCUGUGCUGGUUCAUCGGAUUGACCUCCUCCCCCUGUCUCAGAAGACGAGUGGGUUCUAUGUGGAUGAGAUUAUCAUUGCGGACACAAAUAUCACAGUUUCUCAAGCAGAUUCUGGAACAGCUCGCCCAGGUGGAAAUGUGGUAGAGUCGCUCUCUGUGGUGGGAUCCCCUCCGGUCUACAAUGUAAGCUUCUGGUUGGUGGGGUGUGGCCAGGAGCUCCCACUCAUCACCGCGAGCUCUGUGCCCACUGAAGGUGAAGAAGAAGGGUCCAGGCUGGUCCAGGUGACAACGCAGAGGAUACAGAGGGCAAGUCCACCUUUAGGAGGAUACUUCCGCAUCCAACUUCCUACGGCAGUGAUUCCUGAUGUUCCUGUGAAUAUUUCCGCUAGUCACCUGCACAAGCUCUUAGAGAAUAAUGCCGACAACUUUACAUCUAGGUACCUCAAUGUCAGUGACUUCACUAUAAUGGAGGAUCUGAAGUCUUGCCACGAACAUGUGUGGACCCUCUCUUGGUCCACCCAGGUUGGAGAUUUGCCCAGUUUCAUCAGGGUCUCUGAUGAGAAUCUAACUGGAGUGAACCCUGAGGCAACCAUGCGUGUGGUCUAUGAUGGUGGAGUUUUCCUUGGACCCAUAUUUGGAGACAUGUUGGUUACUGCCAACCAGCAUACUCAGGUGGUUGUGCGAGUGAAUGACAUACCAGCCCAUUGUUCAGGUUCCUGUUCUUUCCAGUACCUUGAAGGAUCAACUCCCCAGGUCCACUCUGUGUGGUAUUCCCUUGAUGGUGACAUGGACCUAUUGGUUUAUAUUUUUGGAACUAGUUUCUCUGAGGACCCUCAUGCCUUGGAGGUUACAGUGAACAAAACGAAUUGCAGAGUUAUUUUCUCAAACCAUACUAAUGUGGUCUGCCAGACACACCAGCUACCUGUUGGAAUGUAUCGGAUCUCCAUAUUGGUGAGACCUUCCGGCCAUGCCAUAAAUUCUAGUGGUGAAGACCUCUUCCUAAAUGUGGAGCCGAGACUGGAUGCCGUGGAACCUUCUAAAGCUGCAGAAAUUGGAGGGCUCUGGGCCACUGUACAAGGCUCUGGUUUGGAAGAUACAAGCCUGGUGUUAUUUGGAUCUCAGUCUUGUGCCAUCAAUAUCACCACAAGCAAAUCAAGAAAAAUUCAAUGCAGAGUUCCACCCAGAGGGAAAGAUGGACCCAUUGUGAAUGUGACUGUGAUCAGAGGGAAUCAUUCUGCAGUUCUUCCCAUGGCAUUUACAUAUGUCUCCUCUUUAAAUCCAGUGAUCAUUUCUCUGAACAGAAACAGGAGCAGCAUAACAGGAGGUGAGACCCUCUUCGUGGGAAUGGCACUUCUGGUAAACUACACAGAUUUGGAUGUAGAAGUCCGCAUCCAAGACACUGUGGCUCUGGUUCAUGUACAAAUGGCUCAGGGCCUGGAAGUGGUGCUGCCCCCGCUGCCUGUCGGUCUCCACAGAAUCUCGGUCUCCAUCAAUGGGGUCAGCAUUCGCUCACAGGGGGUUGACCUUCAUAUCCAGUACAUCACAGAAGUUUUUAGCAUUGAGCCUUGCUGUGGGUCUCUUCUGGGUGGAACCAUCCUCAGCAUCUCGGGAAUGGGGUUCAGCAGGAACCCAGCUUUGGUUUGGGUGCUUGUGGGUAAUCGGUCCUGUGACAUCAUGAACUCAACAGAGACGGUCAUCUGGUGUGAGACCCCGCCUGCCGCCCCGCUGCCUGAUGCAGGUGUUCCUGCCAUCCCAGCCCCCGUGGAGGUGUGGGCUGGCAAUGUGUCCUUUGUCCAAGGACCCUCGCCAAGCCUGGUGGGGAAGGGCUUUACCUUCAUGUAUGAAGCAGGAGCAACACCAGUGGUCACUGGCAUGCAAGGAGAAAUCACGAAUAGCAGCCUGAGGCUCUACGUGGAGGGAAAUAACCUGUCCAACUCAGUGAUCCUUCUGGGGGUCUUGAACUGUGAUCUUGAGACACAGUUUUUAAGGAACAACAUGAGCCUGUCUGGGUGCUCCUUUCCUCUUCACCAUUUGGAGGCCAGCGUCUAUCCAAUCCACCUACGUCAAGAGCAGAUGGGGUUUGCUAACAUGUCUGCGGUGCCCCAGCAGUUUGUGAUGACACCUCAGAUAACAGCCAUCUUGCCAACACAUGGGUCUGCUUGUGGUGGGACAGUACUCACAGUGAGGGGGCUGGCUCUCAACUCCAGGAAGAGGUCAGUGCAGGUUGACCUUUCGGGUCCUUUUACUUGUAUGAUUUUGAGCUUGUGGGACCAGACCAUCGUCUGCCAGAUUAACAGAGUGGAAGAUCCCUGGCUUGAUUCCUUCAUCCUGAACAUCACAGUCCUGGUCAAUGGGCUACCCAGUGAGUGUCAGGGCAAUUGCACUCUUUUCCUGCAGGAAGAGACAACUCCCAUCGUGGAUGCCUUGACUACUAACAUCAAUGGGUCUCUGACCAUGGUGCUGAUUAGGGGUCAGAAGUUGGGCAUCACAGCCGAUGAACCAGUGGUGUUUGUGGAUAAUCACCUUCCCUGCAUUGUAACUUUAUUUAAUGCAAGCCAUGUGUCAUGCUGGAUAAGUGACUUGACCCCAGGACUCCACUAUGUAUCAGUUUUUCAUACAAGAAAUGGAUAUGCUUGUUUCGGUAAUGUUUCCAGACACUUCUACAUUUUGCCUCAAGUGUUUGAUUAUUUCCCCAAGAAUUUCAGCAUACAUGGUGGAAGCCUCUUGACCAUGAAGGGCACAGCUCUGAGGGGAGAGAACAGCACACUAGUCUACGUUGGACAGCAGGCCUGCCUGACAGUGAGCAUCAGCACCGAGCUCAUCCAGUGCAUUGUUCCCAUAGGAAAUGGCUCUGCUGCCCUGGUCAUCGAGAUAGAUGGACUUUCAUACCAGAUGGGAGUCAUUGGUUAUAGCAAUGCCUUCACCCCAGAAUUGCUGUCUUUUUCUCAGACUGAUGACAUCUUAACCUUUGUGGUGGCCCAGUUCUCAGGAGCUGCAAAUGUUGACAUUUUUAUUGGGAUGUCACCCUGUGUGGGUGUCUAUGGCAACCGCACGGUUCUCCAGUGUAUGGUCACAUCCCUUCCUGCUGGGAAGUACCCAGUCAGAGGUUAUGACCGCACAAGAGGGUGGGCCUCGUCUGUCCUGGUAUUCACAUCGACAGCCACUAUUUCAGCAGUGACUGAGAACUUUGGCUGCCUGGGUGGAAGGCUCGUGCAUGUGUCUGGAGCGGGAUUUUCUCCAGGGACCGUCUCAGCUGCCGUGUGUGGAGCUCCCUGCCAAGUCUUGGCUAACGCUACAGUGUCAGCCUUCAGCUGCUUGGUUCCGCCCCUGGAUGUGUCCUUGGCUUUCCUGUGUGACCUGAAGCCUGAGGAAGAGAGCUGUGAAGCCUCCAGCUGCACCUACGUGCAGUGUGAUUUGACUGUCACUGUGGGGACAGAGAGACUGCCCCAAUCAUGGCCUUACCUCUACAUUUGUGAAGAAAGUCCCCAAUGCGUCUUGGCAGCAGAUCACUGGACAGGGUCAGCAUUUCCACGGUUCUCAGGCCUUUUCAUCAGCCCUAAAGUGGAAAGAGAUGAAGUUCUCAUCUAUAAUAGCUCCUGUAACAUUACCAUGGAAACUGAGGCAAAGAUGGAGUGUGAGACGCCUAAUCAGCCAAUUACCGCCAAGAUUACUGAGAUACGGAAAAGCCGGGGCCAGAACACUCAGGGGAACUUUUCCUUUCAGUUCUGCCAGAGGUGGUCAAGGGCUCACAGCUGGUUUCCUGAGAGAGUGCCACAAGAUGGCGACAAUGUCACAGUGGAGCAUGGCCAACUGCUACUGCUUGACACCAAUACAAGCAUCCUCAACUUCCUGCACAUUAAAGGAGGCAAGCUGAUUUUCAUGGAUCCAGGACCCAUUGAGCUCAGGGUACACUCCAUCCUCAUUUCUGAUGGUGGAGAGCUCCGGAUUGGAUCCAAGGACAAGUCCUUCCAAGGCAAAGCUGAGAUCAAACUCUACGGGAGCUCUUACUCUACCCCCUUCUUUCCAUAUGGUGUCAAGUUCCUGGCUGUGAGGAAUGGAACUCUUUCUCUGCACGGUUUGCUACCAGAACUGACUGUCACCCAUCUUCGAGCACCUGCCUAUGCCCAUGACAAAGCGUUGUCUCUGGAAGAUGCUGUGGACUGGCACCCUGGGGAUGAAGUUGUCAUCAUCAGCGGAAUAGGUGUCAAAGGUGCAAAACCCAUGGAAGAGAUCGUCAUUGUGGACGCUGUGCACAAUACAGACCUCUAUUUGAGGUCACCCUUAAGAUAUUCUCACAACUUCACAGAGAAUUGGAUGGCCGGAGGACGCCAUCUUGUAAAGGUCCCAGUGGUGCUGCUCAGCAGGAGGGUUACUAUACGAGGAAAUCUCACUACUGAGAGGAUGAAGCACCUUGCUUCAUGCCAGGAAGCCAGUGGUUCAGAAGGUAAUUUGCAGGACUGUUUAUAUUCUAAGAGUGAGAAGAUGCUGGGAUCUAGGGAUCUGGGGGCCAGAGUCAUUGUUCAGUCUUUCCCGGAGGAGCCCAGUCGGGUCCAGUUGAAGGGAGUGCAGUUCCAGGACUUGGGGCAAGCCUUCCAUCAGCAUCUGAGCUCACUGACUCUGGUGGGAGCUCUGAGAGAUUCCUAUGUCCAGGGCUGCACAGUGUGGAGCUCUUUCAGCAGAGGCCUCAGCAUGUCAAGGACCUUGGGCCUGAAGGUGGACAGUAAUACAUUCUACAAUAUUUUAGGCCAUGCCCUGCUUGUGGGUCCAGACAUGGACACAAGAUAUAUCUCUUGGAAGGCUACUCCUGAAAGAAAAAUUGGUUGGCCAGAACAGGGAAAUAUAAUAAGAAACAAUGUGAUCAUCAGUGUUUCUGGCACCGAGGGACUCUCCAGUCCUGAAAUGUUGACACCAUCUGGCAUCUAUAUCCGCAAUCCCACCAACGUUGUAGAGGGAAACAGGGUGUAUAUUGCUGGUUUGGGCUACUUUUUUCAUCUUGUGACCAGCCAGACAUCACAAGCUCCACUUCUCUCCUUUAGUGAGAAUAUUGCACAUUCUUGUACAAGGUGUGGUCUCCUUAUAUAUCCUCAGUUUCAGCCACCUUGGGAUAUUGACAAGGGCCCCACACUGUUCCAGAACUUCACAGUGUGGGGAAGCGGAGGUGGUGCCCAGAUUUUUAGAAGUAGCAAUCUUCACCUGAAAAACUUCCAAGUUUAUUCAUGCAGAGAUUUUGGAAUUGACAUCUUGGAAAGUGAUGCAAAUACCUCAGUUACUGACAGCUUAUUACUUGGCCAUUUUGCCCACAAGGAAAGCCCAUGUAUGUCAGUUGGGAUCAAAACUCCCAAGAGACAGGAAAUGAUAAUAUCUAACACAACCUUUGUUAAUUUUGAUCUCACUGACUGUGUGUCCAUCAGGACCUGUUCCGGCUGUUCCCGAGGACAAGGAGGAUUUCCUGUGAAGACCAAUCAGUUGAAAUUUGUAAACUCUCCAAAUUUGGUAGCAUUUCCAUUUCCUCAUGCAGCAAUUUUGGAAGACUUGGAUGGGUCUCUGUCUGGGAGAUAUAGAAGUCAUAUUCUUGCUUCUAUGGAAACCCUUCCGGCUUCUUGUUUGGUCAGCACAAGCUUCAGUCAGAUUGUUCCUGGCAGUGUCUGUGCAGAAGAUCUUCUCUUUCAUCGUAUGUCUAUUGGUUUAGCUAAUGCUCCAGAGGCUCCUUAUAAUUUGACCGUGACUGACAGCAGAAAUAAGACAACCACUGUCAAUUAUGUGCAUGACACAUUGUCUAACCCUUAUGGCUGGAUGGCUUUGCUCUUGGAUCAAGAAACUUACUCAGUGCAGUUUGAGAAUCCUUGGAUCAACAGAUCUCUGCAGUACUCAGCAACGUUUGGCAACUUUGCUCCUGGGAGUUACCUCCUGCUGGUGCACACAGUCCCGUGGCCUUACCCUGACAUCCUGAUAAGGUGUGGGAGUCGGGUAGGGCAGGCCCUUCCAUCUCUGCCAUCAUCUGGUCAAGCCCAAGCUUGCGACUGGUUCUUCAAUACCCAGUUGAGGCAACUCACCUACCUGGUUUCAGGUGAAGGCCAAGUUCAAGUGACUCUCCAGGUGAAGGAAGGUGUGCCCCCAACGAUUUCAGCUUCUACCUCUGCACCUAAGUCAGUUUUAAAAUGGUCCCUUCCUGAAGCAUGGACAGGCAUUGAAGAAGGCUGGGGAGGACACAACCAUACCAUUCCAGGUCCUGGGGAUGACGUCCUGAUUUUACCCAACAGGACCGUCCUUGUGGAUAUGAAUCUUCCAUUACUCAAAGGCCUCUAUGUGAUGGGGACUUUAGAAUUCCCUGUGGACAGAAGCAAUGUUCUGAAUGUGGCAUGCAUGGUCAUUGUAGGCGGGGAGCUGAAAGUUGGUACUUUGGAAAAUCCCUUAGGAAAAGAACAAAAGCUUCAGAUUCUCCUUAGAGCCUCAGAGGGAGUUUUCUGUGACCGUUUCAAUGGAACGGUUCCUGUUGAUCCAGGAACAAUUGGGGUAUAUGGGAAGGUCCAGCUUCACGGUGCUCAUCCUAAGAAAUCCUGGACCCGGCUUGCAGCCGACAUCGCCCCAGGCAAUGAAAGAAUUAUAGUAGAGGACUCAGUGGCUUGGCGACCCCAUGACAAAAUCGUCCUUAGCUCCUCUUCUUAUGAGCCUCAUGAAGCAGAGGUCCUCACUGUGAAGGAAGUCAAGGCUCACCAUAUUAGGAUCCAUGAGCGGCUCAAACACCGGCACAUUGGAAGUGUCCAUGUCAUGGCGAAUGGCCGAUAUGUUCGUUUGGCUGCAGAGGUUGGACUUCUGACCCGAAAUAUACAAAUCCAGCCUGAUAUGUCAUGCAGGGCGAGACUACUUGUGGGGUCCUUCAGAAAGUCCAGCAGUGAGGAAUUUUCAGGUGUCCUUCAACUUUCAAAUGUGGAAAUUCACAACUUUGGGUCGCCAUUGUAUUCAUCCGUUGAACUUGCUAAUGCAUCAGUAGGAUCCUGGAUAAUUUCUUCUGCUCUGCACCAGAGCUGUGGUGGGGGCAUUCAUGCCACAGCCAGCCAUGGGAUCAUUCUAAAUGACAAUAUAGUGUUCGACACAGUUGGCCACGGCAUAAAUUUGGAGGGUCAGAACUUUUCUCUCUCGAAUAACCUUGUGGUUCUGAUGACACAGCCAGCAUGGUCCACUGUUUGGGUGGCAGGAAUCAAAGUGAAUCAGGCAAAGGACAUCAACCUCUACGGCAAUGUUGUGGCAGGAUCGGAGAGACUGGGCUUUCAUAUCCGAGGCUACAGGUGCUCCUCUUCUGAAGGUCACUGGUCUGACAAUGCGGCCCACUCAAGCCUCCAUGGCCUUCAUCUCUAUAAGGAAAAUGGACUAGGCAACUGUACCGGUAUCUCUGGCUUCUUAGCUUUCAAGAACUUUGACUAUGGUGCCAUGCUACAUGUGGAGAACAGUGUGGAGAUGGAGAACAUCACUCUGGUAGAUAAUGCUAUUGGUCUUUUGGCAACAGUAUAUAUGUCUUCUGCUCCUCAGAGUCCCAUCGAAAAUUUACAGAUUGUACUUAGGAAUUCAGUCAUUGUAGCCACUAGCUCCUCUUUUGACUGCAUUCAGGACAGAGUUGAACCUCGUUCUGCCAAUGUGACAUCAACAGAUCGAGCUCCUUCCAAUCCACGAGGGGGUCGAGUUGGUAUUUUGUGGCCUGUAUUCACCUCAGAACCAAAUCAGUGGCCUCAGGAGCCCUGGCACAGACUGAGGAAUGGCCAUUCAAUUUCAGGAGUUAUGAAAAUUCAAGAUGUCACCUUUUCUAGUUUUGUGAAGAGUUGCUAUAGUGAUGACUUAGAUGUCUGCAUCCUGCCCAAUGUAGAGAACACUGGAAUCGUGCAUCCAAUAACAGCAGAGAGGACCAGGAUGCUAAAUAUCAAAGAUAAAAACAAGUUCUACUUUCCUCCUUUGCAGACCAGGAAAGGGUUAGGAAUACUGGUCUGUCCUGAAUCAGACUGUGAAAACCCAAGAAAAUAUCUCUUUAAGGAUCUGGAUGGGAGAGCCCUGGGUCUGCCACCACCGGUUUCUGUAUUUCCUAAAAUGGAGGCUGAAUGGACUGGAUCCUUCUUCAACACAGGUACAUUUAGAGAAGAACAGAAAUGCACAUACCGAUCCCUCAUACAAGGCUACAUCUGCAAACAGACUGACCAAGUGAUCUUAAUUCUUGACAAUGCUGAUGCCACUUGGACAACGCAGAAGUUUUAUCCAGUUGUAUCUGUUACUAAUGGUUUUGUCGACACCUUUAGUAGUGUAAAUGCCAAUACCCCCUGUUCUACUUUAGGGUCUGUAUCUACUUUCUAUUCCAUUUUACCCAUCAGGGAAAUCACCAAGGUGUGCUUUGUGGACCAGACACCCCAAGUUUUGCGUUUUUUUCUUUUGGGGAACAAAAAUACCUCCAAACUUCUUUUAGCUAUAUUCUACCAUGAACUCCAGAGCCCCCGUGUUUUCAUAGGGGAAAGUUUCAUUCCAUCUGUUGUGGUUCAAUCGACUUCCUCAUUGCUGGAUGAGUCUUCUGGUUCCAACUAUUUCAGCAUCUUGGAUAAUCUUUUGUAUGUUGUCCUACAAGGACAGGAGCCCAUUGAAAUACACUCAGGUGUCUCCAUUCAUCUGGCCUUCACAGUGAUACUUCCAGUCCUAGAAAAGGGCUGGGAAAUCCUCAUCCUCCAAAGACUAACUGACUUCUUACAAGUUAGCCAAAACCAAAUCAGAUUUAUUCAUGAGAUACCUGGCAAUAAAGCAACCUUAAAGGCCAUUGCUGACAAUAAAGCAAAGAGAAAGCGCAAUUGCCCAACUGUGACUUGUGCCAGUCAUUACAGAGUUGGUCAACGUAGACCUCUCAUGAUGGAAACGAGCUCAUAUAGUGUCCUGCCACCAACCACUAUGGAAACUACCUCAAAAGUAGUAGUCAUUGAAAUUGGUGAUCUGGCAACAAUAAGGAGCACUGGACUGAUUUCAUCUUUAUCAAGUAAGAAAUUACAGAAUUUGGCUCACCAGAUUAUCACUGCUCAACAAACUGGAGUACUAGAGAAUGUUCUGAAUACGACCAUUGGAGCCUUACUGGUAACUCAGUCAAAGGGAAUCACUGGGGAUGGAAAUACAAGCAGCUAUAAAACUGAGAACUUGAUAUAUGUUCGGCCCUAUGCUCUCUUGGUCCUGGUCCAGCCUUCGGAUGGAGAGGUGGGAAAGGAACUUCGAGUGCAACCACAGCUCGUUUUUCUGGAUAAGCAGAAUCAGAGAAUAGAGUCCUUGGGGCCUCCUUCAGAGCCUUGGGCCAUUUCUGUUUCCCUGGAAGGGACAUCAGAUUCAAUGCUGAAAGGGUGUACUCAGGCAGAAAGUCAAGAUGGUUAUGUGAGCUUCUCCAACUUGGCAGUUUUGAUCUCUGGGUCAAAUUGGCACUUUAUUUUUACUGUCACUUCCCCUCCAGGGGCCAAUUUUACAGCUCGAUCAAAGUCAUUUGCUGUCUUACCUGCAACUAGAUCAGAGAAGCCAACCAUCAUCUUGGCUGCAUCCCUCUGCUCCUUGACCUCAUGGCUGGCUCUAUGCUGUCUGGUGUGCUGUUGGUUUAAAAAAAACAAAAGCAGAAAAACAAAAUGUGAAGAUAUUUCUGAAUUCCAGACUAAUGAUCAAAAGAAUCAUAGCCAUAUCUCAUCCAAACACCAAGGAUCACAAGUAGAGCCUAAAAAGGAAGAUGCCAUGAUGGGAGAAGAUAUGAAGAUGAAGGUGAUCAUGGAUGAAAUGAACCAGCUCCCCCACCAAUCACUGAAUGGCCUGUCCAGAAGGAAGGUUGGCCGCCACGCUGUCCAGAAAGAGGGUGGCCUCCGAGAAGAGGCUGCUGCUCCUGCUCUAGGUCUUACCAGCGUCCCAUCCCAGGGGCACACCUGUGCUCCAGACUCUCCUGCUCAGCAGGUUUCUCUGCAGGAGGCUGGGAACUGGAGGGAGGCCCAAGAGCAGCUGGUCAGAUACCAGCUGGCAGGCCAAGAUCAGAGGUUGCUGCUCUGCCCAGACCUCAGACAAGAGAGGCAGCAAUUGCAGGGGCAGAACCAGCUGGGCAAGGAAAGAGGCAGCUUGAGGCUUUCCCAAGAGAAGAAAGCCUCUUGUGGUGCUACCCAGGCAUUCUGUCUUCAUUCAGUCCCCCAGGAAACUAUUCAGGAACAGCUGUGAUAGGUGCACGAUAAUUGAUAUUCUUAUGGGCUUUGUUGAGAGUUUAAUUAAGGACAGAGAUAUAAAAACAGUAAGUUUGGAGAAGGGAAUUGUCCAUGGACCAAAGUUAUAAUUUUAAAAUAGUUCUGUUAGUUGCUGGGUCAAAUUUACAACUGGAAAAUAAAACUAUUUGCGGAGACCAAA